CAGAGACAGAAUCUGGGAGACUCUACUCAGCUCCACAUCUUGAAGCACGAUGUCCGAGAGGCAGAUCCCCUUCUCCAGACCCCUGUUCCGCCACCCCAGCUGGGACCCCUUCCGUGAGUGGAUGCCCCCGCAAGUGCCGCUGAGGCUGCCCGAGCAGGACUUUGGGAUGGCCGCUCCCUACCCCAGCCUGGCCUCCUGGGACGCGGCCGGCCUGGGCCUCCCCGACUGGGCCCGUGGCGCCUGGCCCUCGUACACGCGCUCCAGCCUCUUCGGCCCACCGAGUCCCAUCCCGGGCCAGGCGGCCUCGCCGCCGUCUGCGACGGCCUCCCAGGGUCCCGGCGCUCCGGCCCCGCUGGCCGGGGGGGGUCCCCUGGGGGGUCCCCUCGGGGGCCCCCCGGCGGCGGCCCUGGCCCUGGGCCGCCCGCUCAGCUCGGGGGUCUCCAGCCUGCGGCACACCUCGGACCGCUGGCGAGUCAGCCUGGACGUGAACCACUUCUCGCCCGAGGAGCUCGUCGUCAAGACCGCGGGGGGAUACGUAGAGAUCAGCGGCAAGCAUGAGGAGCGUCAGGAUGAGCACGGCUUCGUGGCCAGAUGCUUCACUCGCAAAUACAUGCUGCCCCCCAACAUAGAGGCAGACCACGUGGUGUCGUCCCUCUCCGCCGACGGGGUCCUCACGGUGGAGGCGGCUCUCCCGUUGCCAGCGGCGGCGGCGGCGGCCGGGGACGCCGCCGGCGGCGGCCACGCCGUGCCCAUCCGCUUCGAGACCACCGCACGCAUCGGCCUGCCGGGCACCGCGACCGGCACCGUGCCGGGCACCGCGACCGGCACUACCGCGACCGGUGGGACUGCGGGCACCGCGGCCAAGGCGGGCAAGGCCUGAGACACCAGCCGGCCCUCCAUCACUAGCACCACCACUACAGCCAUCACGACCACUCACCAUUACUACCACUACAACCACCACUACAACCACCACUACCACUCACCACUAGCAGCACCACCACUACAACCACUACUAUUACCAC